AAGUGUACCGAAACUGCUUUCGCUUCUCUUCUCGGGAAAAUUAAAUCUAAUGUCACGCCGCGCAAACGUCAGAGACCCGGCCGGUUACAGUUAAAGAAAGACCAAGUUAAACUUGUGGAUUUACACCUUGUGGAAAGAUAGUACAGUUCGUUCUGGAUUUAACAUGACUUUUGAAGAACUAAGUGGAGAUUACUCGAUUGAAAGGAUGGAUUCGGUAUCUAAAGCUGUAGAGGAGGUCCUGCGCUCCGCAUUACUGCAGGGCUGUAUUACAGUUGGGGUCUACGAGGCUGCAAAAUCACUCAAUGUUAAUCCUGAUAACGUGGUGUUAUGCAUCCUGGCCACCGAUGAUGAUGAUGUGAAGGAUGUUGCUCUUCAGAUUCACUUCACUCUCAUUCAGGCGUUCUGCUGCGAGAAUGACAUCAACAUCCUGCGGGUGAACAACACGCGCCGCCUCGCGCACAUACUCGGGGGCGCGGGCAAGCACGGAAGCGAGCAAAUGGAUCUUCACUGCAUCCUGGUCACUGUUCCACAUGCAUCCGCAUGGAAAAACACAGCUCUGGGAAAAGUGAACCGCUUCUGCAGAGAGUGUCGCUGUAUGGAUCAAUGGGUGCCAUGUAUUAACCUUCCUGAGCGAUGAAUAUGACUUAAACCAAGAGAGGAGAAUAUCGAUCAAUAAAAAGAUCAUAAAAGCUAAAAACAUGAUCAUAGAAAGGACUGACAGUCGACACCCGUUGAGCGGGGGACUAACCUUCAGAAUGAUGUGGAGGUGUAGCAUGUUUUUGCUAUCUGAGAUGAUUCAUCAGUUUGUGGGACAUUUUGAGGAUGUCAGCUGAAGCUAAUUGUGAAUGGAAGUGAGCACUUAAGUAUCUUGUGAGAUUUGUUGGUGGGGUGUCAUAAAGCACAUCGGUUAUUUACAGGAUGAAACCUUGUUAACAAAUCAUUGGUUGUUUGGAAACCUGCUGCCUACUAUCCUUUGUAUCUCUGCCAUCAUUUUGAAUUGUGCAUUAUCAUUACACGUUUGUUAAUGUUGGAAAGGAAACUACUAUUAAGGGAAUUUGCUUCUAAACCACUGAGUUGAAAACUUCACAGUAUCCUGUGAGAAAAGUUUUUUAUACUUAAGUUAAUUGUUCUUCCUUGGUCUUUAAAUUAUUGCUAUUAUAUUUAAAAAACUAUUUAUGUGAAAACUUUUUAUACUAUAAUAUACAAAUUCCACGGAUGUACUGUGUCUUGUAAUAAAAUUUCUUUGAGCGAGA